UACGCCUCCGCAAGUGCACCCCAUCCCAAAACACCACAAAACAUGGAUAUUGUCCUCGGAAUCAAGGUCCAGGACGCCACGAUCUUGGCCACGUCCAAGGCGGCCACGCGCGGCAUCUCCGUAUUGAAGGCCACCGACGACAAAACCAGGCUCCUCAACACGCACAACUUGGUGGCCUACACCGGCGAGGCCGGGGACACGGUGCAGUUUGCCGAGUACAUCCAGGCCAACGUCCAGCUCUACACGAUGCGUGAAAACGGGCAGGAGUUGUCGCCGCGGGCCACCGCAUCGUUUGUGCGCAACCAGCUCGCCACGUCCAUCAGAUCGCGCAAGCCGUACCAGGUGAACGUGCUUAUCGGCGGGUUCGACACGAAAACAAACACGCCCUCGUUGAACUGGAUCGACUACUUGGGCACGCAGGUGGAGUUGCCCUACGGGGCCCACGGGUACGCGGCGUUCUACUGCACGUCGUUGUUCGACAGGCACUACCGGCCGGACAUGACCUUGGAGGAAGGCAUUGACUUGUUGAAGAGGAGCUUGGCGGAGUUGGAGACCAGAAUGCCCAUUGACUUCAAGGGCGUGUACGUCAAGGUGGUGGACAAGGACGGCGCCCGCCCACUUGAGAUCUGAGCGGCCGGCGGAGAACGCACGCCAGGGCGUGCUCAGCACGGGCAAGGUCCCGUGGACUGCCCGCCAGCUGGUGCACGGGAUGUACUGUUUGAUUCGUGGGUUAUGUAGACCGCCUCCAGUAGCUCUUGGUGACGACGCGCCAGCCUUCGUCGCUUUCUGCAUUACACGUCAAUACGAGUGAUUCCCUUUUUUUUUCUGUUUGCCACUGUAGACGGCCGGCCCAAACGGCCCAGGCCUCCACUGACUGAAAUCAAAAAAAAAAGAAAAAAUAAAGAGAAAUAAGAAUGACCGGCCGUUGGCAGUGGAAGAGCGUUCUACGGCCAGGGACGAUGCGGCGCCAGGCCCUGCGCCCAGGGCCGGUUCGCGGUGCAGUUGCGCCUGCUAGAAUACGGCGAGAGGACAGCCAACCGGCCCCGUUCCGGAGAAAAAAGGGGGAAAAAGG